GUGUGAGGGUAAGGAGGCGGGAAAUGGCGUCUGGAGGUACCGCGCACGGUUGGACAAACGGUGCCUGAAUUUAGCCGUGGAAAGGUGGCCAGAGACAGCGGCCGUCCUCGGCACGGUGACCGAACAGCUAAGGGUAUCCCCAUAUCUCGUCUAAGAGAUACUUUGGAGUUUUGUAAAUCGUACAUGUGACUGUUCGCAUCAUGAGGCUGAGAAUGCGCAAGGCGUCUCAGCAGACAGGCCCCGCCCACGCGGCGCGGCCCUCGCGGCAGAAGCGGAAGCACUCCGAGGUGCACGCGUGUCCCGCCGGGGGCAAGGGCCUGCUCUCCACCAUCAAGAAGAUCAUCAGAGGCAACGCCGUCAAGGUGGAGCAUGAGAACCCGGCCAAGAGGAGUCGCCUGAGCUGUGACCUCAUCACCUCCACGCCACAGACGGGCACGCGGCCAAAGAAGAGCAUCGCCAGGGUGCGCAGCAGAGAGGCAACUAACCAUGACACGAGUAAAGGCUCCAAGCCCAAUGGGAAGCUGGAGGAGGCGGUUGACACGGUUACCAGUCCGCCCCGCACCACCCUCCUGGACACCAUCUUCUCCCCCGUCUUCAACUACUUCUCCCCCGCAAACAAGAACGGCACGUCUGGCUCUGACUCCCCGGACCAGGCGGUGGAGGCGGAGGAGAUCGUGAAGGCCCUGGACAUGGAGCAGGGCGAGGAGACGCCCACCAGCACCGCUACCUCCGCAGAGCUCGUCCGAGCGCCCCUCUACACCCCCACCCCCGACCCCGCCCCCGCCGAUGCUGACGCCGACCCCCCCGCCGACCUGCACCCACCCCCCCUCCGGCCCCCGCCGCCCGCAGACGAGCCCCCUGUGGAGGCCGAACCUGCCGUAGACGCGGACUUGCCCCCCCUCACAGCCCCGGACACAGUUCCGGAGGUGGCCUAUGUGGAGGUCCCUGCCACCGUCCCAGCAGAGGCUUCCUACGAGGAGGACUGGGAGGUCUUUGACCCGUAUUUCUUCAUUAAGCACGUGCCCCCUCUGACGGAGGAGCAGCUGACCCGUAAGCCGGCGCUGCCCCUGAAGACCCGCAGCACGCCAGAGUUCUCCCUGGUGCUCGACCUGGAUGAGACGCUAGUACAUUGUAGCCUAAACGAGCUGGAGGACGCAGCACUCACCUUUCCUGUCCUCUUCCAAGACGUUAUAUACCAGGUGUAUGUGCGGUUGAGGCCGUUCUUUCGGGAGUUCCUGGAGCGGAUGUCACAGAUUUAUGAGAUCAUCCUCUUCACGGCCUCUAAGAAGGUGUACGCAGACAAACUGCUCAACAUCCUCGACCCCAAGAAACAGCUGGUUAGACACCGGUUGUUUCGGGAGCACUGUGUGUGCGUGCAGGGGAACUACAUCAAAGACCUGAACAUCCUCGGUAGGGACCUGUCCAAGACCAUCAUCAUCGAUAACUCCCCGCAGGCCUUCGCAUACCAGCUGUCUAAUGGCAUCCCGAUCGAGAGUUGGUUCAUGGACAGGAAUGACUGCGAGCUUCAGAAGUUGGUUCCUUUCUUGGAGAAACUAGUUGAGCUGAAUGAGGAUGUCCGGCCUCACGUAAGGGAGAGGUUCCGUCUCCACGACCUGCUGCCUCCGGACUAAAACUCCCGCCUCUAACGGACCUUCUCUGACGGACACGAAGUAAUAAACACAAACAAACAACUCUAACCACAACAAACAGACCUGUACAAAGGAAAUCAACAACAACAAAAAAAAAAACAAGCAGACCGAUUCUGGAUUCCGACCACAGCGUUGCUGUUGCUGUUGAAAUUUUACCGUUUUUUAAUUUUCUUUUGUAGUCCCUCAUUUGUUUUUAAAACAAAGAACGCAUUCGAAAGUAACAAAAACAGAAUUUUGUGUCAACAAGCUGUUGACUUACUGACUUGAUUGAUGGGGGUUACACCCUUCCUUCACUCCCCCCCCCCCGUGACCUGUAGAAAUGUAGUCAAUUAGAGGAAGGAAAACUCAUUUUCCCACAAUCCCCUUCACCCCAUCAGAGAUUUGGAUGAAGUGAAUGUGUAAAGGUCUGGAGGGAGGAGAGGGCAGGAGGAGGAGGAGGAGGAGGAGGAGGACGAGGAGGAGGAGGACGCCGCCUCUUCUCACACACGGGCCGCCAUGCCUCUUCAGCAGCACCCCACUCUCAACAGGAAUGGCCAGUACUGCAAAGGAACAUCUGUGUGUGUGUGUGUGUGUGUGUGUGUGGGCGAGAGUGAGAGAGAGAGAGAGAGUGUGUGAGUUUGAGAAAGCGAGAGAGUGAGUGAAAACAGCCUUUCUUCUCCCCCCAGCAUGGUGUAAUGCAUUCCUGUAACUGUGUCUCCUCCAUGUGUAGUAUUCUGGUGUGCUGGCCCGUGCUGAAGCCUCGUGCACUCUAACGGUGUUUGUUGUGUUCCUCCCGUCUGAUCGCCUACAGUGUGUCUGCUGGUGACUGCAGAAGAGGACUCUGUCUUUUGUCUUUCUUUUUAAAAAAGAGAGAAACAAAGGAAACAUAACAGUAACAGAGAGCUUAGCUGGUCCGGCUCUGAAGUAGCAAAAUUGUUGACAGGGUUAAAGAUUGUAUUUGUUUAAACCAUGAUCCCAUUAUUAUUAUUAUUAUUAUAUUAUCAUUAUUAUUAUUUUUAAAACGAAUGAAGUCAUUUAUAUAUAUAUAAAAAAAGUGAUAUUUGAUUGUGAACAGAACAACCUGUGAGGUUUUUUUCCUUCUUGUAUAUUUACCCUCCCUCAAAUCUCGACGGAAGAGAGUAAUGAUUUGCCGGGCCGUUUAGCCACGUCAUCUGGUCUGGUCUUGUUGAUGUACUUGUAACAGUAGGAAUAAUGGCAGUGUUGUGAACAGGUGACGGUGUAAAAAUGGACCUCUACGGUUGUUAGUUCUCCCGACUUUGGUCCUUAGACUUGGCUCUGUGUGUGUGUGUGUGUGUGUGUGUGUGUGUGUGUGUGUGUUGGAUAUGUGAUAUCUAACAGGUAGGCUCCACCAGACAGCUGGCUGAAAUGUUGGUUAGCGGAGUGUCUGCAGCAUUGACUCACCUCUACCACACUACAGUCAGUGGUCACUGGCCACACCAGACCUGAUGGCAGGGCGCACAUUUGAAAAGAAUGACAUCAGUCUUUGGAAAAUAUUGUACCGCUUCAACCUGUGCACCAGGUGUAGCCCCGGCUGUAGGUGUAUGAAAGAGAUCUGACUUGCCUCCAUAGUGUUGCAGGUGAUAGUGGGAAGUAGUCUGGCUGUCACCAUGAUUGAACAUCAGUCUGGGCAGUGUGCGCUUUAUUUCUACAGAACAAGAGGCGUGAUCAAUGGGCAUAUUUUGAAUGACUACGCUUUUGGAUAGUCCUUCAACCAAUCAGACCAACAAUCCGGCUGUGCACUUUGGAUGAGCUAGUUUGUGAUUGGACCCAGAAAACGUGGACAGGAAGCAGGAGAGGUAGAUGCGCAGGUUUCCAGCCUGAGCUGCAGGGCGAAAUCCACAUCGCUGGCAGAUCAUGCAGGGUUUACACAGCCUAAAUGUGAUGUGUAUAUCUGCAGAAUGCCUAUGUAGUGCGCUCUCUCUCUCUCUCUCUCUCUCUCUCUCUCUCUCUCUCUCUCUCUCUCUCUCUCUCUCUCUCUCUCUCUCUCUCUCUCUCUCUCUCUCUCUCUCUCUCUCUCUCUCUCUCUCCCCCUCCCUCUCUCUCUCCUCAUGCUCACUCCAUUUCCUCUCUUUCGCGGUUGUUCUCCAUGUCCGGUUCUCUUUUUCUCCCAGUCUGCUUCUCCAUCACCACAGCCUCACUCGCGCGGGGAGUUACCAAGCUAUGAAGCGAGGUGGUCACACACACACCACACACACACACACACACACACACACACACACACACACACACACACACAGAGAGAGAGAGAUAGCCUGCUCUCACCGAUCUCUUUAAAAAAAAAAAAAAAACACUGGAUUGAGAGUAGAUAUGGUGUCAAAAGUGUUUGUUUCUUUUUUAUUAUUAUUUUUUUUCAAAUGGUUCCUCCUGAAGUUACCUGGAUAAGCAGGUAGCCUUGUGUCAUAGGGCUGCCCUCUGGUGCUGAACGGUUGGGAACUCUCCGGUCCCUCUUCUCCAAAGGGCCACGGACCUUGUAUGUAGCGCGACGCAAUGGUCAACACUAGAUCACCGUGGUGACUGGUGACUCAUGACUGGUUUAAAAGUUUCGUAGUUUUUAUUUUACUUUUUUUUUUUUUUUUUUUUUAAAUGGAUCUUAUUCUGUGGACUUACGUUUGUAUUUUUAAAUGCCUUGGUUUGUACAACAAAACAAUAAUGCAGUUUCAAGUAUUGUGCUAAGCAUCUUGAUUGAAUGUGCGACUCUGGUCAACUUUGUGGGAUUGAGGGAGAGAAAUCAGUAAAACAUGGUUUAGGAAGGCGGGGAAUACACUUGUCCACUCACCACCCCCUGCAUCACUCCCAGGGCCAUGGACACUUCACGGCAAAUAGACCUUUGUCCUUUGCACAAAGAAAAAAAAAAAAGCUAAAA